AUGACUAAAAAAUGUGCUGAAAUGACACACAUCUCCAAAACAGAGUCAAAAUCUAGACAGCAGUCAUUUGACAGUGUCAUGGAUGGGGACGAGAGCAACCAGAUAUCUGCAAAUGUGUUUGAGUGGGCUAAGCAAGGAAACGCAGUGGCUCUGGAGAAGCACUCCAAGUACUUGGACAUACGCGAUCACAUCGGUGCCAGCCCACUGCACUACGCCUCAUCCAAGGGAUAUUUUCGCAUCAUCAGACAUAUUGCGCAGGUCAUUGGACAACAAGAGCUCAAUGCCAGGGAUGAGGAGGGGAAUACACCUCUUCACUGGGCCGUGCAGAAGGACCAGCCAGGGAUCUGCUCUGUGCUGCUGACUCUGGGAGCAGAUCCUAACAUCCUAAAUAACAGCCAGCAGUCGCCGCUACAUACGGCAGUCAGCCUGGGCAAAAAUCUGGUGGUAGAGCAACUUGUCUCACAUAAACAAACUGAUGUGAACCUGGAAGGGGACAUGGGAAACACCCCUGUCAUUUUAGCUGCUUCUUUGGAUAACCAUGAGGCUCUGGUUAUAUUGUACAAACAUGGUGCAAAGUUCUGUCAUCAGAACAAACUUGGACUUUUUCCAAUUCAUGCUGCUGCUUUUUCUGGAGCUAAGAAAUCCAUGGAGGUCAUUCUUCUGAAAGGAGAAGAAGGUGGUCUGUCCAUUGACAGCCAUAUAAACUAUGUGGAUAAAUCUUGCAGCAGUCCACUCCACCUGGCUGUACGUGGAGGGAAUCUCGACAUCAUUAAACUCUGCAUUACAUAUGGAGCAAAAAUUGAUCAGCAGCAGUGUGAUAAAUCCACUGCUCUCCACUUUGCAUGUAGUCAAGGUGCCAUUGAGGUUGUUAAAGUCAUGCUCUCGUCUUACCAUAAAGUGUGUGACCUUAUCAACAUCACCGAUGGGGCCAACCAGACACCUCUACAUAAAGCAGCGAUUUUUGAUCACUUUGAACUCUCCGAGUACCUUAUAUCACAGGGUGCUGACAUUGACUUUGUGGACUGCAAAGGCCAUUCUCCACUCCUUCUGGCAACAAGUUGUGGAGCAUGGAAAACUGUCAAUCUACUCCUCUCCCAUGGAGCUGAUCUGAAGAAAAAAGACACAUCUGGAUGCAACUUCCUGCAUCUGGCCAUCCUGCAGCCCAGGGGUCUGAAAAACCUGCCAACAGAGGUACUGCAGCACGAGAGUGUGAGAAAGCUCUUUAAUGAUGAGGAUAUUGAGGGCUGCACUCCUCUCCAUUACGCCUGUAGACUGGGAAUCCCAGAGUCUGUGAAGAACAUGCUGGGAUUAGAGGUCUCGCUGGACCAAAAGUGCAAACAGAAGAAAUCUGCACUUCAUUUUGCAGCCGAAUUUGGGAGGAUCAACACAUGCCACAGGAUUCUGGAGAUGGUGUCAGACACCAGACUGCUGAAUGAGGGCGAUGAGAAAGGACUGACACCUUUGCAUCUGGCGUCGCGUGGAGGUCACGUUAAAGUAGUUGAGCUUCUCCUACGCAAGGGGGCGCUGUUUCACAGUGACUAUAGAGGAUGGUCAUGCCUGCAUCAUGCUGCAUCUGAAGGAUACACACAGACCAUGGACACUUUGCUGACGUCAAACAUCAAACUUCUAAACAAAACCGAUGGAGAAGGAAACACCGCACUGCAUCUGGCUGCUAGAGCAGGUCAUGUGGCAGCAGUAAGACUUCUGUUAUACAGAGGGGCCAAGAUCGUCCUCAAUAAGAAUGAUGCUUCUUUCUUGCACGAGGCUGUACAUAAUGGGAGGAAGGAGCUCACUAACACUGUGAUUGAGAGUGACAGAUGUGAAGAGGCGAUGACAACGUACAAACCAAACUCAGCAAAACGCUGCAUUGUCAUGGACAUGAUUGAGUUUCUUCCAGAGUCCUUUAAACAUCUUCUAGACACUUGCAUAAGGGAAUCAGAGGAAGAUGUGAACAGCACCAAUUACUAUAUUGAGUACAACUUCCGGUGGCUUCAGCAUCCACUGCAAAAUCUUAAAAAAGCAGGCAUGAAAAAAGACACCACCUACAAACCUCUUAGUGCAUUAAAUGCUAUGGUGAAAUUUAAUCAUGUCAGCUUGCUGACCCACCCAGUCUGCAAGAAAUAUUUGGAGAUGAAAUGGAAUGCCUAUGGGAUCAAAGCACAUCUGCUCAAUAUGACUGUCUAUGCGCUGGGGGUGUUUCCUUUAACUUAUCUCAUUGUGAACCUGAAGCCCACAUUGGUCACUGCAAGAAAUGUCACAUCAGUCAACAUGGUCUGCACUUCCAUGUACAAGCAAUCAUAUGUAACAACAACAUGCAUGCUCUUGGUUCUUGUUAUGAACAUGUAUGCAGUUGGGAAAGAGAUCCUGCAAAUUUUUCAACAGCGGUUGAAUUAUUUGCGAGAUCCGUCAAACUACAUGGACUGGUCCGCUGCGAUCUGUGCUCUGCUGUUCGUGGUGCCGUUGCUGAUGAACGCCAAGAGUUCCUGGCACUGGCAGGCAGGAGCACUGGCAGCUCUGGCCUCCUGGAUAAAUCUCCUCCUCUAUCUCCAGCGGUUUGAACGGAUUGGUAUAUAUGUGGUCAUGUUUCGGGAGAUCUCACGGACACUGCUGAGCAUUAUAUUGUUGUUCUUCUACUUGAUAUUGGGAUUUGCUUUGUCCUUCUAUGCCUUGAUGAUCGAACAGCAACAUUUUGGAAGGAUGUUCCUGUCACUGCUGCAGACCUUUGUCAUGAUGGUUGGAGAAAUCAACUACCAGGACAAUUUCCUGAAACCCUACCUGCAAGGAGACCUUCCUUUCCCAAACUUGACAUUGGCCAUCUUUAUUUGGUUCGUCUUACUCGUGCCUAUUCUUCUCAUGAACCUUCUGAUCGGUUUGGCUGUUGGUGACAUAGCAGAGGUUCAGACAAACGCGUGUUUGAAGAGGAUUGCAAUGCAGAUUGAUCUUCACACUAAUCUGGAGGAGAGGCUUCCCUAUUGGUUUAUGAAGCGGGUGGACCAGGUCUCCAUCAGAGAAUUCCCAAAUAGAUGCUUCAGAGGAAAGAAAAGAUGGUUUUUCAGUGGGAAUGAGGUGAGGAAGUCCAGGACCCGUCUCAGUCCUACCAGCCACCAGUUAUCUCCACUGGAACGGGAGCUAACCAAACAGAAAUAUAGGCUGAAGGAGAUAUCAGAGACUAUGGAAAAGCAACACAACCUGCUAAAGCUCAUAGUGCAGAAGAUGGAGAUCAGCUCAGAGGCCGAAGAACAUGACGGACCCCCGGUCUUUCAGGAGCUGAAAGAGAAACUCCUCAGCAAGAGCAAAUGGGGUCCGUUGCUCAGGGCAGUGACCGCCAGAAAGAAGCGAGCCUGCAGUUUCAUAAAAACGUCAUGAACACAACAUUGUUUCAACGGAAUUGUUGUAUUUACUCAGAAACUGUGAUGACAUGGCUAAUAUUUCUCAGUAUGACUUUACGUUUGUACAACAA